CAGAUAGAGAGAGAGAGAGAGAGAGAGAGAAAUGGUAUUGGAAAGUUGUUUACAAGUUAGCACCAUGGCUACAACUACUAGAGCUUGUGCUCAUCUACAUGCUCACCCCUCAUUUUCCUCCAAGGAGAAGUUCAGUUUGCCGACAUGUAAGGGAUUGAUGAAGCUCUCUGCCCUCUCUCUUUCAUCAUCAUCAUCAUCAUCAUCGCCGCCUUCUUCUUCCUCGGCGUCCUCUUUAUCUCGUUCUGUGAAUCACAGAUGCCUCAGAUCCCGCAUUGUCUGCAAAGCCCGAGAAGCCGUUGAUGAAGUUUUGGUGGUGACAGAAACAAGCUGGGAAAACGAAGUCAUUGCAAGUGAGAGGCCAGCACUGGUGGAGUUCUGGGCACCUUGGUGUGGACCUUGCCGGAUGAUUGCUCCGGUGAUCGAGGAUUUGGCGAAGACUUAUGCGGGCAAGAUUGUUUGUUACAAGGUUAACACUGAUGAUUGCCCCAACAUCGCCACUAAGUAUGGGAUUCGGAGCAUCCCAACUGUGUUAUUCUUUAAGAAUGGAGAGAAGAAAGAAAGUGUUAUUGGUGCGGUGCCACUCUCUACCUUAACUACUGCUAUAGAGAAAUAUUUGGAGUCAUGAUGAAGAGGGAUAAAAACAACUUACCAUAGCUCUCUCUAUAUACUUCACAGUUACCAAUUAAGUGUUUUCUAUCCUUGAAUUCCUGAAUUUUUUCUUGUAUAUCUGUAAUUACAGUUGGCCUACUUCGUUUCAUU